CGGCAGACGUGGGUCGCCAUCGCCGGCCCCCCGGGGAGCGGGAAAAGCUCACUGUCCAGCGCCCUGACCCAACGGUUCAAGGAGAGGAACGUCUCCUGCGCUCUGAUCCCCAUGGACGGCUAUCACAUCCCCAAGGCCAUGCUUGACCCUGCGGCAGCCCCCAGACGAGGGGCUCCCUUCACCUUUGAUGCCGAUAGGCUCUGCCGUGACUUGCGGAGGAUCCGGGAGGAACGGGAGGGGAAGGUGCCGGGGUUCGAUCAUGCCGUAGGAGACCCAGUUGAGGACCAGCUGGAGGUGAAGCAGACGGACAGGGUGGUGCUGGUGGAGGGGAACUACCUCCUGCUGGAGCAGGAGCCCUGGCGGGAGCUGAGAAGCCUCUUCGAUGACACUUGGUUCAUGGAGUGCGAGGACGAGGAGCUGAGAGCGAGGGUGGUGCAGAGGAACGCGCGCGCCUGGGGCUGGGAUGAGGACAGGACGGCUGCUCGGGUCGACUCCAACGAUAUGGUCAAUGCCCAGCUGGUGCAGGGCUGCCGGGACCGAGCAGAGCUGAAGCUC